GCAGCAGUGUUCGUGUCUGUGACUCUUUGGUUCUUUUGUUGUUUUGUGACGGAGUUUGUUUUAGAAAAAGUUGGUGUCGUUGUGUGAAAAUGUCUAAAGUCCAAAUGCUGAGAGCGUUGGUGAAGCAGCGACUAACUGCCGCCGUUGAUGAGAUAUUUGGGCUGUUUGAAAGAACCAUAGCAGAGUACGAGGAGGAACUUUGUCGUUCCAAAGAGGAGAACGAUCGACAGCGACACCUGCUGGACGCCGUCUUUAACCUUGAGGGUCGCUUACCUGGAGCAGAUGUGCAGCAGGUGUUAGUGGGUAAAGAAGAUCAGAGGUCCAGUCUGGCUCAGGAGGACCCAGAUCCUCCACUCAUCAAAGAAGAACAGGAAGAACGUUGGUCCAGUCAGGAUGGAGAACCGCUUCAAGAUCUGGAUGAAUCUGAUGUCAUCAAGUUCACACUGACUCAUGUCCCUGUGAAAAGUGAAGAUGAUGAGGAGCAACCUCAGUCAUCACAAGCUAAGGAGACGGAGCCUCGAGCCAGCAGUUCAGCACAAUACAUGAAAAUCAAAGCUUUUCAAAAUGACUUUGGAGGACCAGAUGCAGAUGCAAAUUCUGACCAUGACAAUUAUCUGCAACCACUUGCUGAGGAGAUGGCAUCAGACUCAUCUGAACUUGAUAGUGAGCACAGUGAUAGAUGGAAGGGAAUAUGCGAACCUCAGCCAACUUUCAAGUCCUUAGUCCAUCUCAGUCAGAGCAGAUGUAAAAAGAGAGAUAAACCAUUUUGCUGUGCUGAGUGUGGAAAAACAUUUGAAUACAAGUCCUAUCUCAAGUCACACAUGAGGACCCACACAGGAGAGAAACCAUUUAGUUGUUCAGUUUGUGGUAAACUCUUCACUCAUGUGUCGACGUUAACCAAACACAUGAGAUGUCAUACGGGAGAGAGACCGUACAGCUGCUCCGUCUGCAACAAAUGCUUCAGGCAGAGUGGACAGGUGGUGGCACACAUGAGAAUCCACACAGGAGAGAGACCGUAUGUUUGUUCUGUUUGCAACAAAAGCUUUAAAAAGAAAACAGCCCUGACGUACCACAUGACCGUCCACACUGGAGCCAAACAGUUCACCUGCAGCAUCUGUGGCAAAAGUUACAGCAGAAAGUCCAUUUUGAAAAAGCAUAAAUGUGUUGAUGUUGCAGACGCUGAUGUCACCACUGAUGUCACAGCUGACGUCACUCUGUAAGCUUGCUUUCUCGGUUAGCACUUUUCUGCUGUGCUCACAUCUACAUACUAAUCAUAAACGACAUGUACUGGUCUCAAACCGUGGGCCAUGGAGGGUCAAUGGUUCCAAACUGUCACAUUACCAGCUGAGAUCACUGCAGAACUCUGAUCACCUGGUGGAGCCUUUGUUGUUUUACACUUGCUGAUGGCGGACGGCGAUGUGCACCAUCAUGUAAGAAUAAUUCUAUGGGUAUGGCACAAGAGAACAGAGUGUAUCCUCAGCCUUGAGCUGCGCGCUGCUGACCCUUUGUGCUGCUCGGUUUAAGACCACUGCUGUAUAUAGACUUGAAAAUCAAACCCACGUUCACUCCUGCUGUGGGGCUACGGUUAAAUGUUUGUGUGCCUUCUGUCAGUAAGUGUAGACGUGCACUGUCUUUCGUCCUCCCAUUCUGCAGAUGGAUCAAGUGUCAUAUGCUGCAAGCCCCUUAUCAUGUGUUGAUAUGGAAGGCAACUCGGGCCAAACUAACUAAACGAUCUGAUUGAUUUCUGUUUGGGCUUAAAAGUGAAUAACUGAAAGAAUGAACUGUUACAUUGAAGGAAAACAUUUUAGCAGUAGGAGUGCAGGAUUAUUUGGAGAAGAACUGCAACGUUAUUGCGUAGUUCGCAGAUCCUGGACUGAGUCACUCUUAUUAUAGUCAGCAGCAUGUUUCUCAAGAGCACCAUGGAGGGCAGUUCCCUUAACCGAAUGUCUACACCACACUUGGCUUCAGUCAUCAGGAGACAACUAUUAAAUGAAGCAGGACCUUUUCUCUCUGUCGGCGGUACAAACAACAGGCGUAUACAAACUGAAGGGCCCGGACAGACUGAGGGAAGGCCUGAGGCGGGUGCUGCAUGCUGCAGUCUGCAUUUGAAAGUGACCAAGUCACGGGGUCAGGCCCACUGACACCAUGGACGUCCCCUGCCUGUGGUGCUGACGCCUGUGUGGACUUCUUAUCUUCUUUAUAUUAUGUUGUUUGAUUUUCUAUUUUCUGUUUCUUCAGCUUUGUAAAACUUUGUC